CACAAGAAGAAGACUGUUAGGCUACCAUUCUGAUAUUAUAACAUAGCUACUAAGUUACUAACACUAACGGUGAUUACUGGAAUACUACUACUAGUGAAAUUUAAAACUUAAAAAGUCGAAACUGCUAAACGUAGUACAUAAUAUUAACGUAAUCACGUAUUUAUCAACUUGACUUAUUGGCAAAGUAAGAAUACAUACAAUGUCAACAAAUACAGGAAAGAACAAAUUUAAUUUGAAACUACCUCCAGUUGAUCAGCCAAGCCCCACUGACACCAAUGAAAAAACAACAGGUAACACAAACUUAGAGGUGUUACGAAAGUCUUUAGAGGGAUUGGACAUAAAUCACCAACAGCGAAAGCGAUUGGAAGCUUUCUUGACUCAGAAGCAGAAAGUAAAAGAGCUAAACAGUGAAGAUCUAAUGAACUUGGGAGAGCUUGGGGCUGGUAAUGGAGGAGUUGUCACUAAAGUUGCACAUCGCCCAAGUGGGCUUAUUAUGGCUAGAAAGCUUAUUCAUUUAGAAGUGAAGCCAGCAAUUAGAACACAGAUUUUACGAGAAUUGAAAGUGCUGCACGAUUGUAACUCACCUCACAUUGUUGGAUCAUAUGGAGCUUUUUAUAGUGAUGGAGAAAUUAACAUCUGUAUGGAGUAUAUGGAUGGAGGCUCACUUGAUUUGGUGUUAAAAAAAGCUGGUAGGAUUCCAGAACAAAUUCUAGGAAAAGUAACUAUUGCUGUACUUAAAGGCCUGAUUUAUUUGCGAGAAAAACAUCAGAUUAUGCAUCGAGAUGUCAAGCCAUCAAAUAUUCUUGUAAACUCAAGAGGAGAGAUCAAGAUUUGUGAUUUUGGUGUUAGUGGUCAACUAAUAGACUCCAUGGCCAACUCUUUCGUUGGAACACGGUCAUACAUGUCGCCUGAAAGACUUCAAGGUACCCAUUAUACAGUUCAGUCAGAUAUCUGGAGUCUUGGGCUUUCAUUGGUGGAGAUGGCUCUGGGCAAGUACCCUAUUCCUCCCCCUAGUCCUAAAGAACUAGUGGCCAUAUUUGGCCCAAAAUAUUCCCCUGCUGCUGAUUUGGAGGGACAGUCUCCAUCUCCGAAUUCAAAGAGUAGACCAAGUAGUUUUAUUGGAGCCUUUGGAGAUGGUCCAAGACCUAUGGCUAUCUUUGAGCUUUUAGACUACAUAGUGAACGAGCCUCCUCCAACUCUUCCAACAGGAGUAUUCUCUACAGAGUUUAAGGAUUUUGUAGAUAGAUGCUUAAAGAAAAAUCCAUCUGAACGGGCUGAUUUGAAAACAUUAAUGCAAAGUCAUCCAUUCAUCAAACACUCUGAAGCUGAGUCAGUCGAUGUGGCUGGUUGGGUAUGUAAAGUUGUUGGGCUAAAACCAACAACUCCAAACAAAGGCACACCUGAAGGUGAUUCUUAAAUACUGAGUAGGAGCAAUUUUUCCUCCCCCACCAAAAAAAAAUUAUGUACGUGUAUACCACAAUCUUCAGGGCUUAUUGUCCACCAGUCAUAAUGUAUGUUAUUGUAUUAUUGGCUUACUUUUCCCUUUUAACAACAUUGCAAGUGGAGCCAAGUUUUCAAGAAUAUCCAGGAAAGUGAAGGGUACAUCUAUGUGAAACAUCUGAUACUGUGGUAUCCAGGGUCUGUGAUAGGUCUGGCAUAAUUGUUAAAAGUCAAGGUUUGUGCCAUGUUGCUGAAUUGAUGUUAAUAAAUAGUUUCAUUCCAUAUUUGUUAGAUGUAACUCAUAUUUUGUGUAGUGAAUCUUAAAGUUGUUUUUUUUUGUUGUCAAUAUCUCUUGGUGUAUUAAUUUUCUUUCUUUCUGGGUUCUUGUGUGGAAGGUUAACAACUUUGUGAAAUGUCUCAUUGCUGUUUUUUUUUAUCAAUUCAGUAGGAAAAUAAAAAAAAUCAUUUUGGUUAUUUCUCUCUCUAAUGGUGCAGAGAUGGAUCUAACAGUUUAGUGUAUGUCAGUGAAGUUUUUUUUUGUACUUUAUACAAUAAACUAUUAUUUUAGUCAUUCAAGUAGUAUUAUAGUGAAGAAAAACCAUAUGUGUUUGGUCAGUACAGCAUUGUUUUUGAGGUAAUUUUUCACACAGGUUAUUACAUUUAAUUUUAUGAUUAUCACUUAUAUGCAUUGUAUAUGUUAACACAUUUUAGCUCAGGAUAAAAAAAAAGUGUUAACGCAUUAAUGCUAAUGUGUAAUAAUUUCAUUAGUAGUUACAUAGUGAACAUUAUUUCCGACAGUACUUAUACACCGCAGAACUCCUGGUUUUCUGCAGAAUACCACACUAUUCUAGGUUUUCCUUUUCAAAGAUGUACAGAUUGUAUUCUAGAAGACAGGUACUUAAUUUUCAGUGAAUAUUUUUUAAACUUGUUGUUGUUGUCUUACAUAGAAAGUUUUUUUUUCAUUUGAGAGUUUGUAAAAAUAUGAUUUCUGUGUUUGUAAAGAUAUUACCCACUUUAGAACAUCCUUUUGUAAUAAUUUAUCCUAGCAAUGCAUUUUUUUUUCCCAAUGAAAACUGUUAAAUUAAGAUAAUCAAAUUUCAUAUGUGUAUAGCCCAGUCAGUUGGUUUUGCUUCAGUUCUAUCCAACUACAUCUUGGUAAUGUUUUUUUCUCAAAGAAUCUAACAUCUCUGGUAUAACAGUUUAGAAACAACUUUGAAAUUCAUCAUCUUUUUCAUUAAGUUAUAUGAUGUUUGUUGAAUUAUAACAUUAGAGCUUAGUUUGAUUUUUCAGUCUUAAUGUUCUACAAAGUGUUAAGGAUGAGAAUUUUCUGGAUUUAAUAGUUUCCCACAAGAUCAAUGUAAAUCCAUUGGGGAAAGUUUGUAAAUUAGAUGGGGAGUUGAGUUGGAGCUUGAAAAUUAAAUUAUCUUGCAUAUGCUGUCGAAAAUUUUUGUUACAAGUCUUGGAAGUAAACAGUGAAGUCUGCUUGACUAAUGGUAGGCAGUCUUUCUAAAUCGGGCUCAUUUCUGCCUGUAAGAUAUGUACCAGAUUAGAACUAGCACACGUGUAGUUGUCACAUUUAUUUAGAGAUGAAAAUACUGAUAAAAGUUGAUGAUGAAAAUGCACACAAACUACAUGAAAUUAUUAAACGUAAAAUUUAAAUGAACAGUCCUUAUUUAGAAAAAACAUCAGUUGGAAAGAAUAAUAUCCUUAAAACUAUUAAAUGUCUUGUUCUGGAAAGUUAGUUUUUCUACUGUUAUUGAUAUUAGUGUAUAGCUAUAACAGUUACACGAUAUAGAAGCAGUAAUAUUAAUGUGAAUUCUGCAUUUAUUAUAUGUAAAUUUUAAUUUAAAGUACACUAGAUUUUUGUUAAAAAAAAAGACCCAUUUCCUUCCUUCCUUAGCCCCUACCUCCAAACUAUCUUGCUGAUUGUGGACUUGGCUGUGCUUACCAUUAACCUCCAGAUUUUUUGAGCUUGACCUAUUCUCAUCCCUGAACGUGUACAGUUUCGAAACGAUUGAAAUGUUGGUCUGAUAAACAGUUUGAGUUGGCAGUUUAAGGCAGUGCAUUAUUAUUGUUUUAAAUGUAAUUAACAGUUCUAAAAAAAUGUUGACUUUCGUUUUUUUGUAAAUACAUGGAAUUCCAAACCAUAAGUUAACCCUAAUGAGUAUAGACAAAAUUAACAUAAUACACUUAUAGAAAUAUGUCAUACAUUUUGGCUUGCAGUAAACUCACACUGGUAUACUUCUACUAUUAGUGACCAUUCAUUAUCGUGCACAUUAAAAACAUAAGGUAUUAGCUUGUUAUUGAUGUUCUCAGAGCUAUAGGAUGUAGAUUUUUUCUUAUGUAAAUUAUCCAAAGUUAGCAUAUUUUUGGAAACAAACUUCCAAUACAGUCUGCUUAUCAUGUGUCAAAUCACUUAAUAUAAAUUAUUAUGUGGUGUUACCUCUGUGAUCUUCUAUUCAAUUUCAGCAGUAUGAGCUAUAAUGCUUACCUGUACAUAAUUUUUAUUUUUAUCUUUUAACAAGAGUGCAUGGGUUAGGUGGAUUGUAAUCUUAUGUUAUAAGCGUAUCUCGAAUUUUUUUGUUAGUUCAGAUAAAAGGUGUCAUCAGUGUAGUAAAAUAUAGUUUCAACUAUGUGUUAUUCAACCUAUAGGAGGUUUGCAUUUUGAAGAACCCACAUUUCCUGUAAAAAUUUACUUCUUAGCCAUUAAUUUAGUUUUGUAAAUUGUUUUGGAUCAAACUUUUUUUUUUUAAAGUAGAAAUGAGUGUGGAUUUGAAGUUAUGAGAUUUUUUUUUGUUAAACUACAGGUUUAAUAAUUUUACAGUGUAUAAUUUCUAACUACUAAUUUCCCUCGAAAUGAAUGUCGCCACAGAGUUUCUGAAUGUUGACACAAAACGAUUCACUAAAAGAAUUUACUCAUAGGAGUGAAGUGUGUUCUAAUCAUUCAAAAAAUAACAGUUUUGUGCUUUCAUCCUUUAGAUAUAUUUAGAUGUUGAAAGCUUGAACUGCUACAAAGACAUUAGGGUGGCCUGAAGUUAAUUGUAACUAUAUAAUCAAGUGUAGACUGUAUUGUAAUUAUCAAAAGAAAUAUUUUUAUUUAAACCACUCUCAGUCAUUUUAAUGUUAAAUCUUGCUUUUAGAAUAAAAUCUAAAUGAACAUUCCAACAUCAAGCUAAAUGUAUGAUUUUCUUAUUUCAGGUUUUGUGCAUUUUUACUUCUAAAAACCUUAAAAUGUUUUAUAAAGAUUACAGUGAACAAAAUUAAUGAUGCAGUUUGAAAUACCUGUUUAGAUACCUUAGCUUCCAUACUUUGGUGGGUAAAUAAUUGUGUUGAUUUUUAUACAUUUCUCUGUUACUGUUUACAGCAAAUUACAUUCCAGUAUUAUUAUUAUUGUUGAAUUUUAGUGGUGAAAUAAACUGUUGUCAUUGAAAAUCUU